AUGGCCGCCCGGCCUCCCAGCCACCGCUCCCUGCUCCAGCUCCUCAGGAGUCUCUUUGGGCUCCCACAGAGCACGUGGGGGACGUGGGAGCCCAGAGCGGAGGGGCAGGAGCUGGGUGCUGUCGGGGGCCGCAGCGGCCCAGGGGAGCCGUCAGGCCAGCAGCACCCGAGCUGGGAGCCCUGGGGGGGUGCCGAGGGGGAGAGCACGGAGCCGCUGCUGGGGGAGCUGGAGGAGCUCAGCCUCGCCGGCUCCCUGGGGAGCAGCACGAGCAGAAGCUGCCUGACGCUGAGCACCAGCGACACAGAGCUGGCGGUGGCCGGCAAGGUGGUGGACACUCCUGCCGGCAGCCCGGCCCGGCAGCGUGCAGGCAGCGGGGUGGUCAGCGAGGAGGGGACAGCCAUGCCAGAAGCUUUCGGUGACAAAGCUGUGGGGACGGAUGGGCUCCUUCAAGGUCUGGGUGCUGAUGGUGAAGAUGUUACCUGCAGUGCAAGCCCCAAGCCAAUAUUUUCUGUGGAUUUUGAUGCUGAAUGGGAGAAAGAGCAGCUCCUGAAAGCAGAUGAGGGUGCAGGAUCCCCGAAAGCAGAGCUGGCCUGGUGGAACUGGCUCUUCAACGUGAACAGACAUCGACGGUCUUCACAUAAGCCUCCUGCCCGGAGAAGCCCGAAGGAGCCGGGCAGCCGAGCGGAGCCGCUUCUGAACGCCCCGGUCCGGCCCGUCCUGCCCGCGAAUCCCCCCGGCGCGGUUCUGGCCGAGAGGUUUGGUCCCCCCACGCAGCGUGGGUGUCACGGGAGCGGGCAGGCUCGCCUCCUGCAAACCCUUGGCAAAACCAGUGCUCCGACCCCUGCCCCGAGAGUGCUGGAGCACGGGUGGCCGUGGGCUGUGCAGUGCGGCCGUGAGCCCCGGCCACAGUGCCAGCAGCGUGUGCACGUCGCCCACGGCUCGGUCCGGCUCACCAUGGCGUUGCUUAACCGUCCGGAGGAUGUGAGUAAGGGAAGGCUGCUCUCUGCUCGCCUGGCCUCGCAGCACCCAGCUCUCCAGGGGUACGGAGAGCAAUUGCAAUGUGCAAAGGAACAGCGAACCCCCUGUUGUUCGUCAGGUUUUAUCCGCAGUUUCCUCCUGGUUCCCUCCGGGGUUGCGGGGAGCGCACGGCGCCGCACGGCACCCUUCCCCGUGGGGCAGGGUGGGAGGAUGCAGGUGGUGGCAGUGCCCAGCGCCUGGGGACCGAGGUCGGAGCUGCGAUGCACCGGCUCCCCACAGAGCACAGCCGCUGUGCCAAGACCACGGGUGUCUCCACGCCGAGUUUAUCACGGCUGUCUCUGCGCUCUGGAUGAAGAGAGAAUAUGAGGCUUCAGGCAAAGUGCUUCUCACACGCACCAGAUUUAUCAAAUUGAUUACAAAAACCCCAACAGAUCCAGGCCUUGUUCCUAUAAUAGCUAUUGGAGCACGUUGGACGUUAAUCAAACCGUCUGUUUGCUGUGUCCAGAGGAGCCAGUAUAAGCCAGCUUGUGUUUUUCAGGCAUGGGAAGAACCGUCAAGCUACAAUCUGUUUAGGACAAAAUAAUUUAUAAAUACACCUUCUGAUAAU